AUGACUUUGCUGAGGCGUCGAGAAAUUGCAGAAUUCGUUAGCGGGGCAAUGGCUGGUGCUAUGACUAAAGCCGUUCUUGCUCCUCUAGAAACUAUCAGGACAAGAAUGGUUGUCGGUGUAGGGUCAAAACAGAUUUUCGGCAGUUUCAUGGAGAUCAUGGAACACAAUGGCUGGCAAGGACUUUGGGCAGGCAAUACAAUUAACAUAAUCCGCAUUAUUCCUACUCAAGCAAUUGAGCUCGGCACGUUCGAGUGCGUCAAACGGAGCAUGACGUCGGCACAAGAGAGGUGGAAAGAGGAUGGGUGCCCAAAGAUACAGCUCGGUGGUUUGACGAUCGAGCUACCUCUUCACCUACUAUCUCCAAUCGCCAUUGGAGGCGCGGCAGCUGGAAUAGUCAGCACUUUAGUGUGCCACCCCCUUGAGGUUCUCAAGGAUCGCCUGACUGUUAACCACGAGGCGUAUCCCAGUAGCAUCGCCCUUGCGUUCAACAAGAUCUACAGAACGGAAGGCGUCGGCGGUCUCUAUGCUGGCCUGUGCCCGACGCUGGUCGGCAUGCUCCCUUACAGCACAUGCUACUACUUCAUGUACGAGACGAUCAAGACGUCUUACUGCCGUGCACAUAAGAAGAAGUCGUUGAGCCGCCCCGAGCUGCUGGUCAUCGGAGCUCUUUCAGGUCUGACGGCGAGCACGAUCAGCUUCCCUCUGGAAGUGGCGAGGAAGCGGCUGAUGGUCGGAGCCCUGCGAGGGAGAUGCCCGCCCAACAUGGUCGCGGCCUUGGCCGAGGUGGUCAAGGAGGAGGGCCUCAAGGGGCUGUUCCGCGGGUGGGCGGCGAGCUCCCUCAAGGUCAUGCCCACGUCCGGCGUCACCUGGGUGUUCUACGAGGCAUGCAAGGACAUCCUUCUGGCUCCACACCUAGCCUAG